GAGAAAGCGGACGCUUUCUGGACAUUUAAGAGGACGAGGCUCAGCUGUUACCCAGCCUUCCAGAGAGAUGGAUAGGAGGAAUGACUACGGUUAUAGGAUGCCCCUGUUUCAGGGCCCUCUGCCUCCCCCUGGGAGCCUGGGGCUUCCCUUCCCUCCAGAUGUACAGGCUGAGGCCACAGAAGAGGACAGUGUCUUGCUGAUGAAUACCCUGUUGGCGGCAACCAAGGACCCCCUGGCCAUGGACCCGCCAGUUGUCAACCGGCCUAAGAAAAGCAAGGCCAAGAAGGCCCCUGUUAAGGCUACAACUAAGUCCGCAUCUGCUGCCCUUCCAGUGCCACCUGCCAGUGAGAUUGCCACCAAGUCCCAAAUAAAUUUUUAGGCCUUAAAAUUGCCCAUCAUCCCCCAGAUCUCUCAGGCUCCAGCUACCACUGAGGCAGCCAGUACUCAGGCUUCUUUAGCUACUGCUCAACCUAAGAAAUCCAACAAGGCAAAGAGAGUUACUGCUAAGGCAGCCCAAGGCUCCUAGAUCUCAACUGGCAGGGAGAGUGUUGCUACACAAUUCAGGUCACCAUUGCAGGCCCUAAACCUACCAUUCAUCCCUCAGACUAUCCAGAUUCCAAAUGCCAAUGAGUCAGCAAAUUCCCACGCCUUGAUAGCCUCCACCAAGCUUAAGAAAACUUCCAAGUCUAAGAAAGCUACCAAUAAGGCCACAACUAGUGUCACUGAAAUCUCGCCGGCUCCAACUGCCACCCAUGGCCAAACUACCAAUGAGAUAGCCAAUACCCAGGUCACAGCAGCCUCUACUGGAACCAAGAAAGCCUCCAAAGCCAAGAAAGCACCUACUAAGGCUACAAAUUUUGACACUGAGCUCUUAGAGGCCCCAAAUGCCACUGAGGCAGCUACCAGGCAGAUUGAGGCCUUAGCAGCAGCUAUCUGGCCCAGAAAAUCCAAGGACAUGAAGGCUGCCAGUAAGGGUCCAAAUUCUGCCUCUGAAAUCUCUGAGACCCCAGCUGCCUCACAAAUGAACACCAACCAAGCUCUAGCAGCCACUCUCUGGGGCAAGAGAAGGUCCAGGGCUCUGAAAGCUGUUGCUAAGCCCCAGGCAUCUGAAAGUCAAAUUCAAAUUGUUAACCACGGGGCCCAGGCCAAGAUGGCUACCUGUCAGGCCAACAUAAGUGCCUUUGAGACUCAGGUUGCUGCUGCUGUCCAGGCCCUGGCAGAUGACCACCUGGCUCAGUUGAAUCUGGAGCCCACAAACAGGACCCGGGGCAAGAAGAACAGAAAGUCCAAGCAUCUGAAUGGGGAUGAGAGAGGUGGCGGUAAUUACAGGAGGAUCCCAUGGAGCUGGAGAGCGCCGCCGCCCCGGGAUGUGGCCAUUUUGCAAGAAAGGGCAAAUAAGUUGGUGAAAUACCUGCUGGUUAAGGCAAAGAUCCCCAUCAAGCACUCAGACAUGCUGAAAGAUGUCAUCCGAGAAUAUGAUGGAUAUUUCCCAGAAAUCAUUGAACGAGCAAGCUACACUCUGGAGAAGAUGUUUCAAGUCAAUCUGAAGGAAAUUGAUAAGCAAAGUAGCUUGUAUAUUCUCAUCAGCACUCAGGAAUCCUCGGCAGGCAUACUGGGAACGACGAAGGACACACCCAAACUAGGUCUCCUCAUGGUGAUUCUGAGUGUAAUUUUUAUGAAUGGCAACAAGGCCAAUGAGGCUGUCAUCUGGGAGGUGCUAUGCAAGUUGGGGUUGCCUCCUGGGGUGCAACAUCUCUUUGGGGAAGUGAGGAAGCUCAUCACAGACGAGUUUGUGAAGCAGAAGUCCCCAGAAUACAAGAAGGUCCCCAACAGCAGACCACCUGAGUAUGAGUUCUGGGGCUUGCACUCCUACCAUGAGACUAGCAAGAUGAAAGUUCUCAAGUUUGCAUGCAAGGUGCAGAAGAAAGACCCCAAGGACUGGGCUGCUCAGUACCGGGAGGCUGUGGAGAUGGAAGUCCAGGCUGCAGCUGUGGCUGUGGCUGAGGCUGAGGCCAGGGCUGAGGCAAGAGCCCAAAUGGGGAUUGGAGAGGAAGCUGUGGCUGGGCCCUGGAACUGGGAUGACAUGGAAAUCGACUGUCUGACAAGGGAAGAAUUAGGCAAUGAACCUCAGGCCUGGAGCAGAUUCUCACUUGAAGUUGAGGCCAGAGCUCAAGAAAAUUCAGAUGCCAGCACCAACGUUGACUUCAGCAGAGGAGAUAGCACCAGAGCUAGCUUCAGUGAUGGUGCUAGUAUUAGCUUUGGUGGAGCACCCAGCCCCAGUGGUGGCUUCACUAGAGGAGCUGGCACUAACUUCAGUGGAGCACCCAGUAUCAGUGCCAGUUUCAACAAUGCAGUCAGCAUUAGUUUUGGUGGUGCACCUAGCACUAGCUCCAGCUUCAGUGGUGGAUCCAGCAUUAGUUUUGGUGGCAUACCUAACACUAGCUCCAGCUUCAAUGGCAGAGCCAGCAUUAGCUUUGGUGGCAUACCCAGCACCAGUGCUAGUUUCAGUGGUAGAGCCAGCAUUAGCUUUGGUGCCAGCAUUAGCUUUAGUGGCAUACCCAACACCAGUGCCAGUUUCAAUAGUGGAGCCAGCUCUGGCUUUGGAGGUACACUCAGCACCACUGCUGGCUUCAGUGGUACACUCAGUACUAGCACCAGCUUUGACACUGCACCCAGCACUGGCACUGUCUUCAGUGGUGCACUUAGCACCAGCACGGGCUUUGGUGGCGCACUCAGCACCAGUAUCUGCUUUGGUGGCUCUCACAGCUCUGGUGCUAGCUUUGGAGGCACAUUCAGUACGAGUAUCUGCUUCAGUGGCUCUCCCAGUACCAAUACUGCUUUUGAUGGUACACUCAGCACUAGUGUCUCCUUCAGUGGUUCUUCUAGCACCAGCACUGACUUUGGUGGCACACUAAGCACCACUGUCUGCUUUGAUGGCUCUCCCAGCACUAGUGCCAGCUUUGGUAGUGUACUCAGCACCAGCACAGGCUUUAGCAGUGCUUUUGGCACCAGUGCUGGCUUUGGUGGUGCAUAUAGCACCAGUGCUGGCUUCAGUGGGGCUCUUAGCACCACUGGUGAAUUUGGUGGAACUCCCAGCAACAGCAUGGGCUUUGGUGGUACUCUCAGUACCAGUCUUUGCUUUGGUGGUGCAUCCAGCACCAGCGUCACCUUUGGUGGCGCUCCCAACACCAGCCUCUACUUUGGUGGUGCUCCCAGCACCAGCCUCUGCUUUGGCAGUGUGUCUAGCAGUAGCCUCUGCUUUGGUGGCCCUCCUAGCACUAGUGCCUGCUUCAGUAGCACUACCAGUGCCAGCUUUGGUGAUGGACCCAGUACCAGUGCCUGUUUCAGCUUUGGCAGUGGGUUAAGCACCAGCGCUGGACUCAGAGGUGGACUGAGCACCAGCACUGGCUUCGGUGGUAGACUAGGUACCACCACUGGCUUCAGUGGAAGACUGGGCACCAACGAUGGCUUUGGUGGUGAAUUGGGCACCAAUGUUGGUUUUGACAGCAUACUUGGUACCAGUGCUGGCUUUAGAGGUGGCUUCAGAACCAGCGAUGGCUUUGGUGGUGGGCCCAAUGCCUGCUUCAACGGAGGACUGAGUACCAUCAUUGGCUUUGGCAGUGGCCCCAACACCAGCACUGGCUUUACUGGCGAACCCAGCACCAGCACCGGAUUCAAUGGUGGACCCAGUUCUAUUGGUGGACCAAGCACCCGUGCCGGUUUCAGUGAUGGACCAAGCAGCAGUGCUAGCUUUGGUGGUGGAACCACCAGCCUUGGUGCCUGCAGCUUCUCCUAUGGCUAGUGAGGUUUCAGGUUUAUUUCCAUGUUUACAGGUACCACUAACGAAUUGCAGCAGUCCUUCCCAUGGAGCCAACAUAAAUCCUUGGAAUGUUUUCCACACAGCAGCCUAAGCAGCU